AUAUCAAAAUCAACGUACCUGGUCUUGAAUGUAAGAGAUAUUUAAUUACAAUUGACAUUGGUUCGAUUUGACCAACAAAACAGGGCAUUUUCACGGAAAUAUACCUAAUUAAUGAGGAUUCUUUAAUAAAAAAGAGAAUGUACAUAAUUCCUUACUUGUCCUAUGCUCGUUAAUCUGCAUUUCGACCUUUAAAUACUUUAGAACAGCUCCAAAAAACUGUACGACUUGGACUGCAAAUGCAUGUGUCUGAUUUUGGAAUAAAACAUGCAUUAAGUACAUCUUGUUUUACUUGAGUGCCUUCUUAAACCAAAGUGUUUUUGUAUGAAUGUGAACAAGAAGCAUAGGUAAGAAUUUUCCCUCGCUACGCCAUUUCUUGAUUAAAGGACGACAUAUCUUGGUAACAAAAUAAAACACGCACUUUUCAAUCCAAACGAAAUUACUAGAAACCGGAAUUAGCGGACCUGGCAGUCCGUCCCCUUCCAACACAAUCCUAGAAAAUCGAAAUGUAGUUUGAACAUUUCAAUUAAAUGAUAUGCGCUUGUAAUGUCAAAUUUUACAAUGAAACAUUUUAUUUAAAAAAAACACGACAAAGCCAAGUGUUAAAUCAUCAGAUUUAACACUUUGUUAAUACAAAUGGUUGUUUACUGCUCUUAACUCUAAAAUAAAAUCUACCAUUUUCUGAAACUGUCAAAGGAUUAAUAACAUGUGACGGUUCCUCGAAUAUUGUAAUUAAGUUUAGAUCUAACAAAUGUUGAAUGGCCUCAGACACAAACUCAUUAUUACUGAAACAAGAUAUAUCAUUGUUCACUAACUGCCUUGGUAACUGUAUGUAAAAUGGAAUUUAAUAAUAUCAAUAAAAUAAUAAUUUUAUGCAAUACUUUCCAAAAAUUUGAUAUUUUCUCGUAGCUAUUCCCAUACAAGAAUGUCUUUGUCACAUUUCCCAUUUUCAAAAUAGUCUUUAGUAAAUUUGGUAUAAUCAUAGGUAUACUCAUCUUUCAAUGUCUCUGACUGCUCGCGCUUUGGACUGCUUCUUGGCUCCGGAACCGGAAGUGGAUGUUAAGAUGUUUAGGCCUCUCGGGACGUAUGGAAGGUUUCGCCGGAAGUGCGAGAAUUCUCCGCAUUAAAAACAAUGUCCGGGACCGGUUGCACUUGCAUAACUGGGUCAACCGUUGUAGAAUUGUUUGCUUCCGUGAAAAAGAUCACCGUAACCACCGCCAUAGAACCCCCGCAUGGUAGCAGCAGCAUACGGGAGGAAACGCUUCCCUUAUGACCAAAUGUAACGAUGUUUAGCCGCUUGUUGGAUAAUGUGACUGACGCAAACAAAAUAGCCUUGGAUAAAAUAUAUCUCUGCUCGUCGAGUCCCGAAUUAUUGCAAUCACUGACAUAAGCAAUACAGGAAAUGAAUGCCUCAACCAAAAUCGAUUGUGAUCAGCCAAUUGUUCUUGCACAGGUGGACUCUGAUAAUUCUUCAACGUACUCUAAUAAACUUCUUGUCACAGGACUGUCAGAAAAGACACGAGAAACUGAUAUGGAGAAAUUUAUUGGCAGCCUUACAAGAUACAAACUGAAAACCGGUUCCAUGGUAUUUCAUGCGAGAAAAACAGACACUGCUAUGGUUACAUUUGACAAUGAUAUAGAAUACCAGUGUAUCGUAGAUAAGUGUAGUUCCCAUGAAUUACAAGGCUGCAAACUACGAUUUUCUAAAGUGCAAAUUCAACAUUGCGUUAUCCUUUCAAAAUUAAAGGAAACGGUGAACGAAGAAAUGAUUUUAUCGUACUUUAACCGAAAUGGACCAGUUGUUCAUAAAGUAGACGUUCAACAGAGGAAGGGGCGUUGUUUAGUUUUCUUUGAUAAAGAAAAUGAUGCAAACGAAGCUCUGGGUACCGAGCAUUAUUUUGACGGACAAACUGUGACCGUUCAUCGAUAUUUUACUUGCAUUGAGCGCAGUGAACCUAACAUCAUUAGCUGCAAGCGGAUUGGAGAUUUUACUGUAUGUGUUUCGCAAGGAAAUUGGAGCGAGAUGAACUUUCACGAAAUACAAAGACAUGGUUUUACACAUACAAGCGUUACCGACUUCGGAGUGCAAUACGUCCACGCAAAAUAUAUUUGGAAAACAAGCGAUAGGUUUAAAAUGCUCUCCUCAUGGACGAAACGUUUUACUUUAAAGUCGAUUGGGUACAUACUUGAUGAGUAUGAUGAGGAGUCCAUUAUCAGAUUUAUUUCCUGGGACAUUAUUCCGAAUGAAGUUUUGGACAAAAUAUACUUAUGCUCCACAAAAAAUGACGUUUUAUUGAGGCUCCAAUUUGCCCUAUCAAACCCUUCGUCGUCGUCGAGUGAAGAUUGGCCAAUGAGUUCAUUGUUUUCACGGACACAAGCCUUAUUGACUGAUGAAAAGUCUCUGCUAUCAACCAGCAGAAUACCCGUCACACCAGAAUCGAAGGGCCUGUUAAAGAAACGCAGGAUAUAUGAUACAGGAGAUUCGGACAAUUUUUCGUCGAGUGACGAUGAUCUAACGAAUCCAUGGUUUGACCGGAAAGGAGUCAAGUCGACACAUUAUGAAAAAUCUCAGCUAUCAACCAGAAGAAUACCUGUCAUACCAGAAUCGAAGGGCCUGUUUAAGAAACGCAGCAUAUAUUAUAAAGGAGCAAGGUUUAACCGAAAAACAGGCGAGUGGACACAUUAUGGAAAAUCUCAGCUAUCAACCAGCAGAAUACCUGUCACACCAAGAUCGAAGGGCCUGUUAAAGAAAGGCAGCAUAUAUGAUACAGGAGAUUCCAAGCCAGCAGUACACACAGGGACGAAACAUGAGCGCGCAAAGGAGACAGAUCAAACUCAAGAGAUAAUUAAAUAAUCCCGUAAGCGUUAUUUUAUGAAAAACCAGCAUAAUGGUAUUACCUUGUUUCAUAUGAAUGAGAAUGAUAUGUUCAAUACCAUUUAUAGAAAAAAAAACGGAUAUAUACAUCAUUAUGAUUCUUCGUCACGCAUUCCAAUCUGUUUUCACAUUUUUUGGUCAUGUAUUAUUUAUGUAUGUUACAACUUGUUCGAAAAUAGUUUGAAAUUCACCUCGCUCAUAUUCGAACUGAAUUUAACUGGCAUUGACUCGCUAUUGUAUGAAUCAGAGUUAGGUGGUACAAAGAGUAUUUAAUUGACCGUGAUAAGUCGAUGUUUCGCAUCCAUUUUAUUGUUGGAUGUAAAGGAUUUAUGUAACAAUUAAAGCUCGACCUUCACAUAUUUAUUCUAUGCUUGCCUUCACAAAAGAUACAAAUGGCUGUCAUAAUUUCGAUAUUAGUUCGGGAUACUGUUUGCAAAGACAAGAGAGUGCUUGAAGACAAGUUUCUCAUACGCCAACAUUUUCGAUCGUCAAAUGUCAACAUUUAUAAAACGCCUUAAUUUGUCGGCUAAAUAUGAAAAAUGUAAUCGAUAGUUAUAAUGCAGAACAAAUACCCUAUGUAAAUAAAAAAAUAAUACAUUUUGUAGAAAUUGGAUGACAUUACUGUGUUUGAUAGCUGUAUGACAUAUUGAACACUAUAUAAUCAAGUAUCUAUGUGUGUAUUCGAAACCUAAUUGUUGCAUUUACUUGCACAUAUAAACCACCGCAUAAAUAUUUAGUUAUGUGCUUCUUCGACAUAUUUACAUUGCAAUGUUCACUGGGUGUUAAAUGUGCGUGUCUCUUCUUAUGUUAAUAGUACUGUGUGCAUUUUGAUUUUGCUUUGUUUACAUGUACUUUUUAUUG